AAGGUCGACGGUGCUACGGAUGCAUAAAAAAGGAAAUUUGUACGAACUAUCGAGAAAACACUUGUGUGAUAAUGAGCGUAAAGCGUCGAUAAACAUUUUGUACCCCAGUCGAGGUAUAUAUUUCCGUUGUAACCACAGCGCCGCAUCCACCGUUGUCGAAUGCCGAAUGGUCACUCGGCUGCUGAUUGGCUGGCAUUGACAUGUAUCCACCUCUUGCUGGUUUCGCGCUCGAUCUGUUGAAGCAUUACAGAAAUCAACGAUCCAUACGUUGUCUAUACCAACCAGCACAGGAAUGAAAUCUCCGCUUUCAUAUACCCUCCAGUCCACAUAUGCUCGUCAGUUCCGUUAGAAUUAUGACUCUAUCUCUCGAAAAUUCUUUCAUCCUUUCAAGCGCAAAUCGGUGAUUCCGCGGAAAAUCUGGAUGCCCUUGGGUUCUUCUUGAAAACCUUUUAAAACUUCGCAUAUAUAACGAAGAAGCUUGCUUUGCUGCAUUGUUUAUGGUGGUCCAGUGACCAUUUGUCUAUGGAUCUAUGAGUGUGUAACGGAAAUCGCCUGUCCACAAUGUUCCGACUACGGUGGUCACUGAAGCCAUCGUGCAGUAUUAUUAUUCUCUCGUUUCUCCUUGCAUACUGCCGCCUGCAUUGUGUUGAAGGUGAACAAAAUACCGUCUAUGCUAUACUGGGAAGUCCUGCCAUAAUCUCUUGUAAUGGUUAUGAUGCUGCGAGAGCCAGCGGCGAUAAUUCCACGGGCAAUAACGUCACUGAGAUCUUUUCGGUGCGAUGGUUCAAAGAUCACCAGACCAGCGACUAUAUUGUCUUCACCUUCCUGCACAUGUUCUCCCAUAAAACCAUGAUGCCCCAGAACGAAUGGAAGGACAGGAAUAUUACCUUCGCCAUCCAGGAUCAACCGCAAAUUCGAUUACCUAACGUGACCUUUAAGGAUGAGGCAAAUUACAUUUGCGAUCUGACGCUAUCGGCAGGCAUUAAGCCGAUCGUAUCGGAAACACGCUUGAAGGUCGUAGCUUGUCCGGAAACUGUUGAUGUGGCCGUUAUUAAUAGCACGUCUCCCGGUCCGGCAAUGGUUGAGAAAAGUGGGAACAACAACAAUAACAUCACCAAUAUCACUUUAUCAUCCGCCACCGGCAGUACACUGACAUUUCUUCGAGGGACACGCAUAAUGGUGCGCUGCUCGGCGGUAUCGUAUCCGGAAGCCGGGAUCAGCAUUAGUAUUCCUGGCCUGAAUUUGUACAAACCUGACUGGGAAAAUUUGCGGGAAAGCCCGGGAGAUCAUGGUUAUGUACAGCGGACACUGGAUGCCUGGUUCACAUUGGAGGCAGCGGACAAUCUGCUGCGCAGUAAAUCACUUACCAUUGAUUGUAAAGCCUCAGUGGCUAAUGGGACGUGCGACAACACCAGCUCGCUCAGCAUACAGUUCCUCCUGCCCACCACAAAAGCUUUAAGAAGUAGCGCGACGGCAUUGGUUAACAGCGACGCCGAGACGUCAAUAUUGACCGGGGGAUUGACGAAUGCUCAAAUUGCGGGGAUCGUUAUUGGAUGCCUGAUCGCCGUAUCCCUCAUUGGCGGACUAGUGUACCUGGCAUUACGUCAGACCAAUAAAGAUACCUGCAAAAAGUCAAAUCCUUCCCAAGGAUAUUGUAUAUCUGCAGCAUCGGGUAAGGAGAAGAAGAAGCACAGCAAGAAGGAUAUCUCACAUCCCAAAGCUAUAACAGCAUACCCACCAGCUCCCUGCCCAAAAACCGGCUCCGUUUCCUUUGUUGACGCUUCUGCACUGCUUUAAUUGAACGUCGGUUAGAUCCUUAGCAGUGCUCCGAUGUUGAUCGUUAUAAUGAAUUUACGUCUUGUCUUAAUUAACUAUGUUCCUAAUAAUUGGCAUUGCGUAAUGAGUGUCAAGCCGUUACUCCUGUCGAUCUCCAUGACGGUCUGGUGUUCGUCUAGUUUGCUAUAUGUGACUUGCUCCAGAAAAGAAUUUUUGUUGCUGCAUUAAUAUUCGGCUUGAUCCUACUUUAUGUCAGUCGCGGCUGCAUUAUUGCUCCAGAUAAUUUACCUCGCAUACGGGCUUUAGUUUA